UCUUAUUGGUCAUACUAGGAGCUGCAUGCCUCAUUUUUAAAAUCAAACAUAGUAUUAUGUAUCGAGACACGUCUAACAUCAAAUUGACACACAGGGACGCAUCUGAAUCAUUAUGUGGCACACUUCGACAUAAAUUGGUGAUUAUAUUUGCGUAUGAACGAACAGGAUCAACAUUUUUAGGAGAUAUUUUCAACAAUGACAAAGAAGUUUUCUAUUUUUAUGAGCCGUUUAGGCCCAAGCAUAGCAAAUGGCCGUAUCCUAGAGAACUGGAUACAUUUGAAAGAUACAAAUAUGUCUCUAACAUUAUCGGUCACGUUAUGAGAUGCGAACUCGACAAAUUUCCAAAGGACCUUCCCAUAAUGCAAGAUGGGUAUUUGGCUAUCAAAAGUGCCAACAUCAGACGUAUUGCAGAAUGUUAUUCGAAGAAGGAAAACAUCUCUCAAUGUAUUCAUUUAUCCAGAAAAGCAUGCAAUGCAAAAACGAUCAUAGUCUCAAAAACUGUACGAUCAACCAUGGAAUCCAUAGGCCAUCUAUUGAGCAAAUACAGAAAAUGUGCGUCAAAGGUCAAGGUCAUUCAUUUAGUUCGUGAUCCAAGAGGGAUGCUGAAUUCGAGAAAGACUUCGGCUCAUCUCAAUAUGGAUCAGCUCACUGCAGAGGCGAAUACAUUAUGUAAGAGAAUGCACAAAGAUGUACUAAUAUUCAAACAAAUUAAAGAAAUUUUCCCAGACUCCAUCCUUCAACUUAGAUACGAAGACUUGGCUGAACAUCCUCAAGAAACCACAAGUAAUAUUUAUAGGUAUCUUCAAAUGGAGUACACAAAUGAGAUAAAUAGUUUUGUUGCUGGCAGAACGUUGAAUAAAGGUGCCGCAGAAAAUCAAUACGGAACAAAAAGACGCGAUUCAAAUGCAACAGCAUAUGCCUGGAAGAAGACAAUAUCAUAUAAUUUAGUGAAAUCAGUCGAUCCGGUGUGUUAUUCAUUGUACAAAGAAUUGGGGUAUCUACCAAUCCAGAGUGAAAAAGAGCUGAGGGAUAAAGCAUUGGUUCAUAGACAAAAUGCACCUUUUACAUCUAUAUAG